AAUAAAUAGAAAUGUGGUUGGUUUUCUUCGAGAAGAACCGGAGAGAAAGAGGGAGAGAGAGACUCGUGAAGAGCUUUGCUUUGAAUUUUUAGGCAUCAACGACAGACUUCCUUCCCCUAGCUUGUAGGGUCUACAAAAUUAAAGGAUAAAUAAGUGUGGCGCUGCCUUGACUGAUUACCAUUCCCACCGACGGCGGACGACUUCCUUCUGUCUGCUCUUACAAGUAAUACAGUUGUAAAUUUAUAUGUUUUAUACGGUUGAUCUUCGAUGAUCGAAGAAGCUGGAAAGAUCAUCCAGAAGAACAGCCAAUUCAUUUCGUUGCUUUUGAUCCCUGCGUCGACUUUUCAGCUCUUGCAGUAUACAGAUCAGAAAAAUGUUGCCAUGUUUUGGAAAUUCAUUGCUUUUCUUAGCAAUACUUUCACUGGCAUUGAGUACACAAGAUUCGCAAGCUCUUAUGAGCAAUGAAAAUGGGAUAAAUUCUGCUGUCUUUCUGUCACCUAUGUUUGUCAUGGGACCAGGGUCGGUGGUGAAUAAAUACUAUCACAAUAUUGAUUUUCCAAAAGGUCAUAUUGCUCUCAAGAGUUUCGAUGCAGAAGUAGUUGAUGAGGCAGGAGAGCCUGUCCCCCUUCAUGAAACCUAUCUCCACCAUUGGGUUGUUGCAAGAUAUUAUCAACGUAAAGAUGCAGGAGUUCCAGCAUUUGAUCCACAGGAGAUAGACCAAUCAGAUUCUAUUUUUGCGAGGAACAGUGGAAUAUGCCAAAGAAAUGUUCUUGGGCAGUAUUUUGGGCUUGGAUCAGAAACACGAAAAACAGCUACGUUUGUACCGGAUCCCUAUGGUAUUGAAAUUGGUAAUCCGAUGGAAAUUCCCAUUGGCUAUGAAGAAAAGUGGAUGCUCAAUGUUCAUGCAAUAGAUACACGUGGUGUGGAAGACAGGUUGGGAUGUACUGAAUGCAGGUGUGAUCUUUAUAAUAUUACAAAGGAUGAAUAUGGUCGGCCUUUGAAGCCAGAUUAUAAAGGAGGCUUGCAUUGUUGCUAUGAUCAGACACAAUGCCGCGUUAAGAAAGAGUUUGACAGUGCUAGCAGAAACCUCUACAUGAAAUAUAUCGUGAAAUGGGUUGAUUGGGAUAAUUUAGUUGUGCCAGUUAAAAUUUACAUUUUUGAUGUCACUGAUACUUGGAAGAAGUUCAAUGAUCCGACGGGUCUCGACGAAAGACAUAAUUGCCUGAUAGAAUAUGAAGUUGAGCUUUGCAGCGCCGCUAGUAUGGCUGAUUAUGGGUGCAUUGACACCAAAAGGAGUAGUCUGACUAUGCAAACUGGUGGUUAUGUCAUCUAUGGUGUUGCUCACCAGCAUUCAGGGGGAAUUGGUUCAGCGCUUUAUGGAGAGGAUGGACGUGUAAUUUGCUCUUCGAUACCAACUUAUGGAAAAGGGAAGGAAGCAGGAAAUGAGGAUGGUUAUAUAGUAGGAAUGUCCACAUGCUAUCCUAGACCAGACUCAAUCAAGAUAUCUGAUGGCGAGACUUUGGUUUUGGAAUCUAAUUAUAGCCGCAUACAAAAUCACACUGGAGUUAUGGGCCUCUUCUACAUUUUGGUUGCAGACCAUUCGCCAGAGCACAUUCCCUUUUUAGAGGCUGUAGCUCAGGGGCGUGGAGGGAUGAAAUUCCCCAUUUCUGUUUGGGUAGUAGCUUUUCUGGGAGUUGCAGUAGCAGUUGCUGUUGGUGUUGGUUACCUGCGUCGGCACGAAACAGAAGAUGGUUACCAAUCUAUUGUCCUGUGAGUUUGUUAGUCCUACUUGCCUUGGUGUGUGAUGCACCUGGGGAUGCAUAGACCUUUUUAUCUCCUAAUGAUAUGUAGUAUGUAGUUAUCUUCAGCAGCAACAUAAAACUUUGCCCGGAUCUAUCUGACUGUGUAUUACAAAUAAUCCGUUUGUCAUAAUAUCAAAGACUAUAUAUCCCGAGCA